GAAAGGCAGAGAGAUAGAUAGAUAGAUAGAUAGAGAGAGAGAGAGAGAGAGAGAGAGGGAGAGGUGGAGGCUUGGAGGACUAAGCAUUACAUUCACUUCUCCUCUAGCCUGUAUGUGCUUUGCUGAGACGGCUGCAGAGGAUCGUUUCUUUCUUUCCUGUCCGUUUCUCACUGUUCUUUUUUUUUUCUUCUUCUUUUUUUCUUUUUCUGUCUGUCACCUGCUUUCUGUCACACAGGACCCAUCAUCCUUUCAAGAUCCUCACAAUGGGAGGGACAUUAAGGAACUCGCCGUGUAUGGAAUAGAGGUGACUGCGAUCCAGAGAUCUCCAUUCAAAAGCCUCAUCGACCAUCGCUGAAAUUGAGGAGCCACUUAAGGCUCACUUUUAAGGGAGGGGAGACACUCAGUAUCAAAGCUCUGAGAGAGAGAAAGAGGGAGAGAGAGAGAGAGAGAGAGAGAGAGAGAGAGAGAGAGAAAGAGUGAGAGCAGUAAAGCAAGAUUUGCCUAUCUUGCAAUUUCAGAGACCAUCACAAUUUAAUAAGAGUUUGAAAUGGUCUCUAGUCAGUGUAUGUGAGCGAGAGCCAGCAGGCUUACCGUAAAAUGAUUUUAUGAAGAGGAGCCUGCAGGAAAAACGGCUCUGAAGAGAGAAUUUGAAUAUACACAGGGUCCGUUUAAGGGGCCCUUUUCUUUUCUUGGUUUACAGAAAUAAGUUUGCCAUGUGAUGUCAAAUGGCAUCAGAUGUGUCCUCAGUAGUCCAGUGGGACUGUUGCGAGGUAUUUUUUCCUAAUGAUGAUGAUGAUGAUGAAAUUUGCCUGAACCCACUCACCUUGCAGGAACAUUCCCCUGUGAGUUGCAUGGACAGACAGGCUGAAAAAAAAAAAGCUAAAGUAAAAAAUUGAACCAUGAGUUCUGGCUGAAAAAACAACAACAAACAAACAAACAAACAAAAAACCAAAAACGAAGUUCGGAGAGAUCACCUCAGGGACCUACACUGUUCUCUCAACUCUCUACAUAAUCUCUACUCUGGUAAAAUAAAAAACUGUAGUAACAAAAAAAACCAAAAAUGGCUGCCGGAGUCGCAACAUGGUUACCCUUUGCCCGGGCAGCUGCGGUUGGCUGGCUUCCUCUGGCCAAAAAGACCAUGCCCAAACCUCCUGUCGAUAAGAAGAGCCGCAGUGAUGAGAUCCUGAUAGUUAACGUGAGCGGGCUUCGCUUCCAGACUUGGAAAAACACCUUGGACCGUUAUCCUGACACCUUGCUGGGAAGCUCUGAAAAGGAAUUCUUCUUUAAUGAAGACACUCAGGAAUAUUUCUUUGACAGGGACCCGGAGAUGUUCCGGCACAUCCUGAACUUCUAUCGCACAGGCAAGCUGCACUAUCCACGGCAGGAGUGCAUCCAGGCUUUCGACGAGGAGCUCGCUUUCUACGGCAUUGUGCCGGACAUCAUUGGGGACUGCUGUAUGGAAGAGUACCGUGACCGCAAGAAGGAAAACCAGGAAAGGCUGGCUGAGGACACAGAGGCAGAGAUGGCGACAGACCAACCCUUACCUCCGAACAGCACGCAUCGUGAACGCUUAUGGCGUGCUUUUGAGAAUCCACACACCAGCACGAUGGCUCUGGUGUUCUAUUACGUCACGGGUUUCUUCAUUGCCGUCUCGGUUAUCGCUAACGUAGUGGAGACCGUGCCGUGCCGGGCACCCAAAGGCACCCUAAAGGACUUGCCGUGUGGUGAGAAGUACUCAGUGGCCUUCUUCUGCAUGGAUACGGCAUGCGUGCUCAUUUUCACAUUUGAGUACCUGAUGAGGUUGUUCGCCGCCCCUAGCCGCUGCAAGUUCAUGCGCUCGGUGAUGAGUGUCAUCGACGUCGUGGCCAUCAUGCCCUACUACAUUGGCUUGGUCAUGCCCGAGAACGAGGACGUGAGCGGUGCUUUUGUCACACUACGUGUCUUCCGGGUCUUCCGCAUCUUCAAGUUCUCACGCCACUCACAGGGCCUGCGCAUCCUCGGCUACACGUUAAAGAGUUGUGCCUCCGAGCUCGGCUUCCUCCUCUUCUCCCUCACCAUGGCCAUCAUCAUCUUCGCCACAGUCAUGUUCUAUGCUGAGAAAGGCACCAAGGAAACCAACUUCACCAGCAUUCCAGCCUCCUUCUGGUACACCAUUGUCACUAUGACAACGCUGGGAUAUGGAGACAUGGUUCCUAACACCAUCGCCGGGAAAAUCUUCGGCUCCAUCUGCUCUCUGAGUGGCGUCCUGGUGAUCGCACUUCCUGUUCCUGUCAUAGUGUCCAACUUCAGUCGCAUCUACCAUCAGAACCAGAGAGCUGACAAGAUGCGUGCCCAGCAGAAAGUGCGUCUGGCCAGGAUUCGCUUGGCUAAGAAAGGAACCACUAAUGCAUUCCUGCAGUUCAAAGAUGAAGGGGGACUACUGGAUCAUGAUGGUGACAGUGGCGCUCUAUGUCUGAAGAACAGGUCGUCCUUCGAGCAUCAGCACCACCAUCUGCUACACUGCCUGGAGAAGACUACGAACCAUGAGUUUACCGAUGAAUUGACCUACAGUGAGAUGUGUAUGACGGAGUCGGUGGGCUUCCGCACCAGCCGCAGCACCUCGAUUUCCAGCCAACAGGGUGUCUCAACCUCUUGCUGUCCUCGUCGCGCCAAGAGGAGAGCUAUCCGCCUGGCCAACUCCACUGUAUCAGUGAGCCGGGGCAGCAUCCAGGAGCUGGAUACACUGCAUGUACGCAAGAGUCCGUCCGGGCCUCAGAGUCGCUCCAGCCUCAAUGCCAGGACAGAAGACCUGAAGUUAAACUGUGAGCAGCGAGACUUCACGGCAGCCAUCAUUAGCAUCCCCACUCCUCCAGCCAACACACCUGAUGAAAGCCUGCCAUCGUCACCUGCCAUCCCAGGCAUCCUGCGCAACUCCCGCUGCUCCGACAGUCAGGACCCUGUCAAGAUCUCCUUCUUAUAACAAAACCGCCUCCAAGCACAGAGCUCUCCUCCAAUGCACAAAUGGGAAGGAGGGAGCUUUUCCUGUCAGACUUACCACCAAAAUAUCAUCCCAAGAUACAAUGCAUUUGACAAAGGCACCCAGCUACAGCUUCAUCCCAGACUGUAAGCUCCCUCAAGAUUCUGUGAGAAUAAAUCAGCAGGAACUGAGACGUGACCCGACGCAGGUUUCAUUACAGCCUUUUUUGGAGGACUGAUAGUUGGGCGUUUAUGAUAUUAUGAUUCUUUCACAGAUCUGCAUCUGGUCAAUCUGCCGUUCUUGGGAAACAAAGACAAGGAACAUGGAAAAAAAAAACUGUUCCACGUUUUAUUUUAUUUAUUUAUUUUGAUGGAAACAAAUACUGGAUAUCAUGGAUGAUAUAGUGUGUGCAAUCACAGGGCCAGUAUUAAGAGUAUGAAGACAGAACUAUAUUCCUAUAUAGAUAUAUCUUUAAAGAGAAAGAUAUACAAAUACUGUAUCCUGCAAUAGAUGCAUUCACAAAAAAGAAAAAACAACUAACAAAAAAGAAACCAAACAGAUAUUACAGAUAUUAUGAUUGCGACUCAGUGGGUCAGUAUACAUAUAUGUAUCAUAAUUUGUAUCAUACUUCACAUGCAUCUUCCAACCUUACCAAAAAAAAAAAGGUCAUCAGUGCCACCCUACUCAGACAUGCAUGUUAUUGUGCAGUAGAUUGCAAAGAAUGGAGCAGCUAAAAUGCUAUUCCUGCCUAUUUUUUUGCAUGAUAAUUCCCUCACCUUUGUUUUGUUUUGUCCUAUUUUAUUACCUGAUGUCAUUGAAAAAGAAAAAAAAAAAACAUUUAUAGAAUAUUAUACAUCCAAAAGUGCACAGUAACUUUAAAAAUAAGAUAGAGAAAAGUAGAGAAAAAAAAAAAAACAUU